GGAGCUAGAGUUGCCCUGCCCCUGACACUGUCCUGCCCUGCACAGGUGUCACAUGAGAGGUGACAGGCUACGAGAGCAAACCAGGUCAGGGUAAAGGACAAGGUUAUGACGCUGCCAGGAGUGUUGAAGUCCAUUCAGAGACUAUGAGCACCAGCUGUAAUCGAGAGGGAACCUGCUGUGCUGAGAUGGCUAUGGUAUGUCUCACAGACUUUGAGGAGUAUGCCAAGGAGCACCUCUCCAAGGCCACCUGGGACUACUACGCAGCCGGAGCAGACGAGUGCUGCACAAGGGAUGAUAAUCUGCUGGCCUACAAACGGAUCCGUCUGCGACCACGGAUUCUACGGGACGUGUCGAUGAGUGACACCAGGACCACGGUGCAGGGCACAGAGAUCAGCUUCCCUGUGGGCAUCGCCCCCACUGCCUUCCACUGCCUGGCCUGGCAUGAGGGAGAGAUGGCCACCGCCAGGGCUACGGAGGCAGUGAACACCUGUUACAUCACCAGUACCUACUCCACCUGCUCUGUGGAGGAGAUCGCGGCUGCAGCGCCUAACGGCUACCGCUGGUUCCAGCUCUAUGUGUACCGGGACAGAAAGCUGUCUGAAUCCAUCAUUCACCGUGUGGAGGCCCUGGGCUACAAGGCCUUGGUCCUCACCGUCGACGUGCCCUACACCGGGAAGCGCCGCAACGAUAUACGGAACCAGUUCAAGCUCCCGCCGCACCUCAAGGUCAAGAACUUUGACGGGGUCUUCCAGGAGGCUGCGGGUCCUGCGGGUGAGGAGUAUGGGGUCCCUGCCAACACCCUGGACCCCUCCAUCAGCUGGAAGGACGUGUACUGGCUUCAGUCUCUCACCCGCCUGCCCAUCAUCAUCAAAGGCAUCCUGACGAAGGAGGACGCUGAGCUGGCUGUGGAGCACGGCGUCCAGGGCAUCAUCGUGUCCAACCAUGGAGGACGCCAGCUGGACGGAGGGCCCGCCACAAUAGAUGCCCUGUCUGAGAUUGUGGACACAGUGCAGGGGCGGAUCGAGGUAUAUCUGGACGGGGGCAUCCGCACCGGUAGUGACGUGCUGAAGGCUGUAGCUCUGGGAGCCAAGUGUGUGUUCAUCGGCAGGCCGGCUGUGUGGGGCCUCGCCUAUAAGGGUGAAGAGGGGUUGAGGGAGGUACUACAUAUCCUCAACGAUGAGUUCCGUCUGUCAAUGGCUCUGUCUGGGUGCAGGAACGUGGCUGAGAUCAACAGGAACCUCAUCCAGUUCUCCAAACUGUGACUUAACAGCAGGGGUCGCCAGAACCAGCCUGACGAAUAAAGACGGCAGCAAUACAGCGCUAUCCAUUCAAUCAGUAGAACUUCCAAUUAAACCAGAAUUUGGGACAACAAAAUGAAACCUCUCAUAUGAAUCAUAAUGAACUGAAACUGAAUCUGACAUCAAUCUAAUAAAUCCUAGAUUUGAA